AUGGGGGCUAAUCCAGUCCUCCCCGGUGCUGGUGUUCUUUCCAUGACGGGGCUGACGCUCAGCCAGUGGAAUCCCAGUGAGCUCAGGGAACAGGCGACCUCCAUCUUCCAAAAAGCAUUGGCACUUAAACCUUGCUUCAGGUACUGUUUCUGGAAUACUCAAGUUGUGAGAGGAGCACACGAUGGCUGGGCCCCUGCGCACCCCACUGCUCCUUCUGGCUGCCCUGCCCAUGAUCCUCGAGAGGGACUCCAGGGAAGAAGAGCCUCACCCGGACCGCGCUGGGUGGAAAGCCGACAUCGAAGAGGAAGGCGUGCAGGAGGCGCUGAACUUUGUCCUCAGCGAGUAAAACAAGACCAGCGACCACGAGAACCCCAGCCACGUGCUGCAGGUGGUACAGGCCCGCAAGCAGAUCAUGCCUGGGAUGAACUACUUCCUGGACGUGGAGUUCAGCUGAACAAAAUGCCCAACGUGGACAGCUGUCCCUUCCGUGAGCAGCCAGACCUGCUGAGGAAAAAGCUUUGGUGCUUCCAGAUACACACAGUCCCCUGGCUGGGCAAGACUUCCGUGGAGAAGUCCAGCUUCCAGGGUGCACAGGGGACCCUGUAACAGGCCCCUUCUCACCAUCAUCCCCUCUUGUAGAGCUGCUAAGCUUGAGAUGGGUGACCCUGCCCUGGUGAAUGUCCCAUCGGCAUGCCGGCUCCAGGAAGCAAAUAGAGAAGGGUUCUGGGAUGUUUUUGAAAAGCUUAGUGGUUCCACCUCCUUUCUUUUCAUUGCUUUCCAAAUGCACCAGAUGUAGUGCACGUGUUCUGCUCUGUCUUAAUCAAUAAACACUAACAUCAGCUAAUAAAUAAAUAGCAUGCUAAAAACACAACACCAGGACAGAAAGCAGAAGAAAAGAAAGAGCUUAAUAUUUUAAUCUAAGCACUUUUAUCCUGCUUUGUGAACCAGGGGCCU